CAGCAUCUGCCAUUUUGCGAAGGUGUUUUUAAUAAAGAUCAAAGUCGGCGUGUCGUGAUCGCAACGAACGGAACAGGGCCACGUCCGUUGUCCGGUCUUUUCAGCUGUUCAGAUUUGCGCCGUGACCAGACCGGACAAUUGCAAAUGUUUAAAUGGACGCAUCGUCCAUCAUUACUCAGGUGUCGCGGGAAGACGAACAAUUAAACAGUUAUCCUCCCGAGAAAGGAACACUUCCUCCCAUUGACAAUGAGCUGUUACCGGAUGGCGUCGCGACGGCACAGCCGAACCAAUGCCCGUCGAAAAAAUCCACGUCUCGAGGCUUCCUGCGUUCCCUGUUGUGCUGUCUCGGUCGGCGGAAGGGCAACAGAGACAGUAGGGGCGACGUGUGCACCGACGGCAAAGAGUACGUGGAGAACAGAUGCAAUUUCUUGUUGCCUCCGGCGAGGCACCAGGACAUGCACAAGAAGUGCAUGGUGAUAGAUCUGGACGAAACUUUGGUCCACAGCAGUUUCAAACCGAUCAGCAACGCGGACUUUGUCGUCCCAGUCGAGAUCGACGGAACGGUGCAUCAAGUGUACGUGUUGAAGCGACCGAACGUCGACGACUUCCUGAAACGGAUGGGCGAACUGUACGAGUGCGUGCUGUUCACCGCCUCCCUCGCCAAAUACGCGGAUCCCGUGGCCGACUUGUUGGACCAGUGGGGCGUCUUCAGGGCGCGACUGUUCCGCGAGAGCUGCGUCUUCUAUCGCGGCAACUACGUCAAGGACCUCAACAAACUGGGCAGGGACCUGCAAAAGAUCGUCAUCAUCGACAACUCGCCCGCUUCCUACAUUUUCCAUCCGGACAACGCAGUUCCCGUCGCGUCGUGGUUCGACGACAUGGGCGAUUCGGAGCUGCUCGAUCUGAUCCCGUUCUUCGAGAAGCUGAGCAAAGUGGACAACGUGUACACGGUGCUGUGCAACUCGAACCACCCGUACAACAGCGUGGCGGGAGGCAUGCCGCCUCCGCCGCCGCCCCAACAACAGAACGGACCGACGAACGGCACGUAGCGGAGGCCCGCGCUCCGCCCCGUCAUCGCACGCAAACUGCUCCGCGUCCUUCUGCUGCACGUCGCGUUGCCGGCGUUGGCGGCGAUGUGGGGCGUCGGGGCGGCGCACUGUACAUAUUGUAGGUAACCACUGCGGAUAUAUUAUCUGUUAUACAUGUUGCAUAUUUCCAUCGCAGGUUUUGUUUGCCGAUUGUUUCCUGCGACACAAAAGUCGUCCUUUUCCUACAGACCAUUCAGACCAUCAAUUUCAAUAUGACAUAUGCAUAUAAUACAUAUUUUUAUACUUAAUGGGCCCAGUUGCGGCGAAACGGGCGACGCCUCCCACUUCCCACGGACCGUUGUACUUAAUACGAAGGAAAUGCAGAAAUGGGACCGGCUGCGUCCGAUCCGGUGCGACUCGUCCCCGGAUAAUUUUAUUUAAAGUGUAAGAUACAUAAGUAUUAAUUAUAUUAUAUCUUAGUGUCUUGUGUACAUAAACUGAUACAACAUACAUACAUAAUUGAUAAAUGGAGAGAGAUUUAGAGAUAGGCCCGAGCAUUUCAAACGUUUCCGUUGUCGUCUGUUCAGUGUCUCCAUAAAUCGUUCUUCAUCGAUUUCUCUACGAAAUACUCAAGCAUUUUUAUUAGUUACUAAUUAAUUAAUAGAAGACAAACUCGACAUGUGCAUUUCAUUGGAAAGGAAGGAAGGAAAGAAUGAAAGAAAGAAAGAAAACGUUGCUCCCAAAUCUAGUGGAAUCUCGAAAAACGCUCAAUAAUCCUGUCGCACAUUUCCAGAAGAAAUGAAAAAAAGAAAGAGAAGGGUCUAACCGACUAUUGGAAAAAUGUGUUCAGAUCUGACCUUGUAAAUAGAACAUAUCGUCGUCGUUUUAAACAACUAAUUCUAAGUACUGAUUCAAAGACUAAACUCUAAAUGUGAAUAAAUUACGCGCACUACAAUCACUUCUAAAUUCGGUCGCUGCUCAAAAGGUUCAUUUCCAUAUCCUGAUUGAUGGCGUGAAGUGAUGCUUUCCUUGGGAACAAAGCUGUAUGUUUGUUGUUCCGCUUUUUUUUAAAUAACAGUGGCCUUAAAUAUCGAUAUAUGACUUUUUCGAGCAUUUAAUUGUGAAGCAUAUACUGUAGAGAGAGAGAGAGACAUUCAAAAGAACCACCAAAUACAUACUACCACAUCACUUGUUGCUGCUACGUUGCGGAGCUGACAUUAUUCCUUUUAUCAUUUACAAAAUGGACCGUUCAUUCCAUUCGUUGUUUUCCUUGUUUGUUUGUUUGUUUGUUUUUCAAUUAUGUAUUUAUUAGUAUAUAAAUGUGAUAGGGACAUGCGAAAAAAGACUUGUGGAGUCUUACGGAGAAAAACACACACACACACACACACACACAUGCAUAUACAUAAAUAGACACUACUACAAAAAUGAGUUAGUCACUAGGAUAAUUUGAGUGUGGAAGGAUUGUUGUAAACGUACCUAACAGAAUGCGUUGUAGGUAGAAAAAACCAUUUUGUUCUUGAAAAGAAGAUAAUGUCAAUGUCGAUUUUCUGUUUAGUACAAAGGAAUGAAUUUUACUUUAAAAGUUAAUUGUUUUUAUUGAACAGUGUAUUUAAGUUUUAAUGUAAAGUUGUGAGUUUUUAAUUUAUAUUUUAUUAUUUCAGAACGUGUACAGUUUUAUGUUGUUUAGUAAUAUAUAUUAUUGUAUUGUAUUCUUAUCGUUUAGUAAGAUUUUAAUUAAUAUAUUAUAGUAAAUGUAUAAUUUGUGUAUUGUGUGAAAUUGAUUUAUACAUGCAAGCAACUAUAUAAACGUAAGCAAUAUAGUUUUUUCGACGAAAGUGCACCUGAUAACGUGAUACGUACGUCAAUUUUAAACCGGAUUAUUUAUUCAUUUUAGGAAAUAAAUAGACACUGGAACGGACCAACAACAAACGCAUAUACAUCUACAACUGUACAAAUAGAUAAUUAUGUCACGUGCACUUUCUUCGACCCGCAUAUCUAUCUAUACCUUAUAUAUAUAUAUAUUUUUUUAUUAACAUUAUUUAAACAUAAAAAAGAUUAUGAUGAUGAUGAUGAUAAUGAUGAUAAUGAUGGAUAACUAUUUUUUGUUGUUGUAGAGUAUUUAAUAUAAUUAUUGUUUUUAUUGAUUUGAUUGAUUAAUUACAUGAUUGACCACAUUUUUAACGUACAUUUCGAUUUGUUCGAAAUUGGUCGUACAAAUCAAACGACGAUACCCCGAUAUUGUAAUUGUCUUGUGAAUGUACAGCAUCCAUACAUUACAUAUUUGCCUUGAUUGAUUGUAAAUAAAAGCCUGUCAUUUGUACCCAACAAUAAUGUCUUAUAUUUUAUAAUAAAAAUCACGCCCUUUUUAACGACAA